CACAACAAGUUAGCAACAGCUGAUCGCGCAAACGUGUAAAAAAAAUUUUACCUAUUCAUCAAGUGAAAAAUUAAAGCUGGUGGUCGAAAAGAACGAAUUUAAGGCAAUAGUGAGAAAAAAGGAUACGCCAAGAUGGUAAACAUCACGUUACCCGAUCGAGAGGAGAGGUUGGAGCUGGUGGGACAGCGCAUCAAGAAUCUUGGAAUCUAUUUCAAGAUCUCCGAUGACGUCGAUCCGGUUCAGAUUGCCGAAUUGUCCAAAAAUUUUACGGAAGACGAGCUGUGCCGUUUGGUGCGUGAGGCAGCCAGUUGGGCAAUGACUCGAUCCCUUGAAAGAAAUCCUGAUGGCCUAAAGGUUACCCAAGCGGAUUUCUUGCAAUCUCUGAGGGCCAUUAAGCCGCGAUUUGGUGUACAAACGGAGAGGCUCGAAGAGAUGAUGCCAGGCGGCUUCUUCGAGUCGGUACGCCCGGCUCAGCAGGCAGAGACCAAGUUAAAUGAUCGCGACUUUAAGUCUGUUAAUAAUAAGGUGUCGAACUUCCAGACCCUUAUAUUUUUGGCCAAGCACUGGGGCUCAGUUCAGGCGUCUGAAAUUCGUGUGAACGGGGUGAUCAAUCGAAGGCGUCUCUUGCAUGUGGAUUUGGUAGAGGAGGCAGCAGGCUCCAGCAAUGGGAAUACGAUAGCUCGGCCGAUGGAAAACAUGUGCAAUGCCAACGAUACGGAGAUGAUGAACAUUUUGCAGUUUGAGGAGGACAAGUACGUCGCCGAAUUACUGAUGAACUCUCAGCGGUUGUUUGCGGAACAUGGCCCCGUCCAGGGCCAAGGAUUGAUUUGCCAGCUGAUCGAGGGUCCUUCGAAGUCUGGAAAAUCGGCAAUUGCGGCUCGUUUCGCCCAGAAAAGUAAUGUGCCCUUUGUAAAAGUCAUCUGUCCGGCGGACUUGCUGGAAGCCAGUGUUGCCGAAAAAUGUAUGUACAUUCGCAAGCUUUUGGAGGAUGCAUGUGUCUCCCAAGACAGUAUCGUCAUUAUCGACGAUUUGGAACGCCUGCUGGAGUAUGUACCCUUGGGAAGGAGUUACUCAAACGAGGUACUCCAGACGCUAAUGGUGCUCUUAAAGAAGCAGCCGCCCAGAGGUCAUAGACUGCACAUCCUGUGUACUUCCAGUCGUCGUGACGUCCUAGAGGAUCUGGGAAUGCUGUCAGUCUUCACAUCGGUGAUCCACGUGCCGAAUCUCUUUGGACCGGAUCAGAUACUAUCCGUGGCGGAGGCUUCACAACGCUUCGAGCGAGAGGAACUGUGUGCCAUAGCGACUGCCAUCGUGGACAAGCCCAUCUCAAUUGGCAUCAAGCGCCUGCUGGACCUCAUCACCUGGGUGAAUCCCCUGAAGCCGGGGCGCCGGGUUGUCAAGUUCCUUGAGAAAAUGGGGUCUGAGAUGGGAUGGGAGAAACCAGUUGAUUAACUGGGAAGACAAUUUUAAAUAUAAAAUUUGAAUAUAUUGUUAGUUUUAAGAACAAACAGCCUUGUAGCCUUAAAAAAAACUUGCAUUUCAAAUGUAUUAAUUAUAUUUUUUAAUCAUUGUCUUUAGACAAAAAAUGAGCAGCCAGCUCAGAUAACCAAUGUAUCAUAAUUUAAGAAAUAUUUACUCGUACAAUAAAAUGUUUAUAAUCUAAAA